GUCAUGGGACUGAUUCCAAGUGAAAAAGGGCAGCAGCCACCAGGAUUUGACAGGGAGCUGGCUGAACAGGGCUGGAAAAGGAGCAACCCUUCCUGCAUUCYGAGUGCAUAAAGCUAUCCAAUUUUCAUUAAAGAAGACAGGRGCCAUUUUAUAUCCUGAUACUGCUCACCAGAGAGAGAGAUAACAAGGGUUGUAAGAGAAUGGUGGCUGGAAUGUGGAUUAUUGCAUUUUAUCUCCUUGGCACAGUAGCAGGUAAAGAAGUUUGCUACUCCAGGCUUGGCUGUUUUACAGAUGACCCACCCUGGUCUGGGAUACCAGGGAGGCUUCUGACAGGCUUGCCUGAUUCUCCAGAGUCGAUGAACAUCAGCUUCUCUCUCUACACCAGAGAAACAGGAAAUAACUCACAGGUGAUCUCGGCGAUAAACUCCUCAACCAUCCCAAAGUCCCAUUUUUCCUCACAAAGGAAAACCUCCUUCAUCAUUCAUGGAUUUGGCAGCACCGGAAAAACAGGCUGGGUGGUCGAAAUGUGCUUGCUGUUACUGGARGUGGAGAACAUCAACUGCAUCGCUGUGGAUUGGAAAGAGGGAGCCAAAGGCACCUAUGUCAGUGCUGUCAACAACAUCCGUGUAUUGGGCGCUGAGGUCGCCUAUUUCAUCACAACUUUGAAGAAAAUGUUCCAAUACUCCCCUUCCGAGAUCCAUUUAAUUGGCCACAGCCUGGGGGCKCACACGGCGGGAGAAGCGGGGAGGAGGAUCCCAGGAAUCCGACGGAUCUCAGGUUUAGACCCUGCUGGGCCCUAUUUUGAAGGAACUCCUCCCGAGGUGAGACUGGAUCCUACAGACGCAAACUUUGUUGAUGUUAUUCACAGCAACGCCGCUCAUUUCCCCGCUGCAGGGUUUGGGAUGUACAACACMACUGGGCACCUGGACUUUUACCCAAAUGGAGGAACUGUGAUGCCUGGAUGCACUGAUUUAAUUGCAGAGACCAAUAAAAGUGAUUUUGAAGCYGUCAUCGCAGACACCACAAUCUUUGGGGGGUGCCACCACUCCCGCAGCCACGARUUUUACUUUGCAAGCAUCAUCUAUCCCACUGGAUUCCUGGCAUAUCCCUGUGAGACAUACAAAAGCUUUGAGGAGGGAGACUGCUUCCCAUGUGCAAAGGAGGGAUGUCCAAUGAUGGGGCACCAUGCUGACAAAUUCCCAUAUAAAUUGGAGAGAGUAGACCAAAAGUAUUUUUUAAAUACAGCAGCAGAUGAGCCUUUUGCUACUUGGAGACAGCAAGUAUUUAUCAAACUGUCUGGUGUAAAGAAAACGAAGGGAGACAUAAACCUGGUUUUCUACGACACACAGGGGCACACAAAGAAAUACGAAAUUGCCAACGGAGACCUCUCUCAAGAUGAAGUUUACAUAAAAUUCCUUGAUGUUGAAAUCAACCCCAAAAAUACUACAAAAAUUGAAUUUCUCUGGAACAAAGCCGUAUUCUCUCUGCUCUGGGCAAGACUGGGAGCAGAAACAGUCAAUAUAAUACAUGGAGAAGAUGGACAUAGGUCGACUUUUUGUGGCCAUGGGACUGUGGCAUACGGAGUUCCCCAGUUACUCACACCUUGCUAGAGAUCACCAAGGUCUGCCCAUGGCAGCUGAGUAAACCCUCAGCCUUGUGCAGGGAAAUGUUGGCACAUAAGGCAAUUAAAGCAGUGUUUA